AUGUCGGGAACAAUAUACUUGAAAAUCUUUGGCGAAUGUGCAAACACUCCAGAAAUUAUCUCCAAGUGUGACCACCUGUGUUCGCUUUUUGGGUUAUCUACCGAUGACUUGUUUUCAAGUUGGGAAUCGUAUGCGUACACUGAGCAUAAAAACUCCAACUUAAAGGUCACUCCGGAACUUUUAGAUGGAUUACAGAAAUUCAUUCAAGAGAGAAUGACACUGGAUAACAAAUCCAGACCAGCUGCAUCUCAACAGGUGAAAAAACGUAAACUCAACAAUGAAGAAACUUCAAAUUCUUUGGUAUCUUCAAAUACAAUUCUCGAAAGUAUAAAUUCACAAAUAGAAGAUAAGGAAACCACUAUUUCUAACAAGAACAUCAAGUUGGUGGCUCAAUUCAACAGAAGCAAGUAUAAGUAUAAAACGAUGAACUUAAAACUACUUGAAAUUGCGGAUUAUUUGGAUGAAAGAAUUGAUCUCUUCACCCAGCUAAUCAGUGAAAGGUACAACUUAACGGAAAACCAAUUCUCCGACCCAACGCGUCAAUCGCAGUCUGAAAUCUAUACCGUUGGGAGGAUUGUUCCGGAUUCUCCGUUUGCACCUACUUCUUCGGCCCUCAAUCUUGAUUCUCUCUAUCUGGAAACUUCGAGAGCUUCGGGUUUUGGUCAAAGGGUGCCACUUGAUUUGGGGAAUGUUAGCAAUUUUUCCUUUUUUCCAGGACAAAUCGUGGCAUUCCGUGGUAUUAAUACAAAUGGUAGCUGCUUCAAGGUGAUUGAAAAUCUGAAAAUCCCAUAUCUUGGCUCCAGUACCUUCACAAGGGAUGAGAUUAUGAACUUUGCAGAAGUGCUUGGUGAUGACAAUUUGAAAAUUAUUAUAACUUCGGGCCCCUACCAUAGUAAAAAUUCAUUAAACUUUGCGUAUUUGGAUAGAUUUGUUCGUCAUUUGAAUGAAACCGUCAAGCCUGACAUUGUCAUCAUGUUGGGUCCAUUUAUCGAUGCAACAAGUUUACCGACAAUAUUAUCAUCCCAAUUCUUCAAUUCUGGAGAAGACACUGAGGACUUGAAAAGCAUUGAUGAUUUGUUCUUAUCUUACGUCUCUCCGAUACUGAAUGAAAUACAAUGUUCUAGGAUAAUUAUCCUGCCGCAUUCGUCAGAUCCAGUUGCUCAUACUUGUUAUCCUCAGGCACCAUUUAAUCGUAAGACGCUUGGGUUGAACAAAAACUUCAAGUGUUUCCCUAACCCUUCCCUGUUCAAUAUCAAUGAACUUUCCUUUGGUAUCUCAACGACAGAUAUAAUAAAGGAUUUGAAGGAUAUACCUACAAAAGAUGCAAACUCAAAUAGAAUUGAACGCAUCAUAGAACAUGUCAUUCAGCAGCGUCAGUUUUACCCAGUACAUCCAUCUCCCCAAUCCCCCGAUACUUUACAAAUAGACACUUCGUACCUUGGGCUAACCGAAUUUGAUGAGGAACUACCUGAUAUCUUUGUAUUUCCCUCAAUUGUCAGGCACUUUGCUAAAAUUAUAAAGAAUUCUGUUUGUGUCAAUCCAGGUCAGUUUUUACGACAAGACGGAAACCCAGGAACGUACGCCUUAUUACAGGUUAAAUCUCCCGACACUUCCGAUUUAAAGCAGGUGAAGAAGUCAGGAACUGACGACGACGAUGAUGAAGAAGUCUAUGAAGCGUUUUUGUCAACUGCUUGGAAACGUACUAGAGUAGAUAUUUAUAAUGUUUAA